UAUCACGGUUAGAGAUAAUAUCGUGCUGCUUGUACACGUAGAUUUCACAUAUAUUCGAUGGUUCGGCAGAGGACGUUUGGACUGUUUGGAGCUCAGUCUACACUCUACAUGCUCGGAACAGUACCUUUUUCUCGUGGAACAGACUACACUUAUCUUCGAGUUGUUUAGUCCAUCGAUGUGGUUGGCGCGCUCGAGGCACUUCAUUCUGUUUUUCAGUUCGGGUUGAAGGUCGGCCGUCUGCUAGAUAGUAGAUAAGCUAUAAGCAUGUCUGAUAACUGAUUAUUUUGAAUUUUAAUUACUUAUUUUUAAUUAGGUAUUUAGGUAUAAGUGGUAUUAACUUAUUAGUAGUUAUUAACUUUAUUAAAUCUAUUACCUCACUAGUGUAGUAUUGAGUUGUAGGUUUUAUUCUGUAUAAUUAUAUAAUAUAUGAUAAUAUGUGGUUUACCUACCUAUGUUAAUGUAUUAGAAAUAAAUUUAAAUGUUAAAUUAUUAUUAUUUUAUUAUUUUGUUAUAGACUAUAGUUAUCUUGUUAUUUGCUCACCAAGCCAAGUGUUGGCAUCUACGUCACACCAUAAAAAAAUUAAUUGCAGUUGUAGUUGUUUCACAGAUGACUUUUAUUUUAGUAUUUUUUUGUACAACAACAAUACAAUUUAUUAUAUAACUAUAUUUAAUUUUAAGAAUAUCUCAUUUUAUACCUAUUAUUUAUUUAUACAAUUUUGUUUUUAAAUUUCCGGUUUACUUAAGUACCUAGUUAUAUUUAUUACAUAACUAUUCAGCUACACCUAGAAAUGGCAAAUCCGAGUGUUGAAGUUCUAUAUAAUCAGAUAUUUAUCAACAAUAAUUUUGUAAACUCAGUAAGUGGAAAAACAUUUCCUACUAUCAAUCCUGCAAAUAAAAACAAAAUUAUUGACGUUGCCGAAGCUGAUAAAGAUGAUGUUGAUUUGGCAGUUAAUGCAGCGAAAACUGCAUUUAAAUCAGAUUCUAAGUGGCGUAAAAUGGACGCGUCUGCUCGUGGCAAAUUGAUGUAUAAGUUAUCAGAAUUAAUAGAUAAACACAAAAUUCAUUUAGCAAAUUUAGAAUCUUUGGACAAUGGUAAACCAUUUAGUGAUUCAUUAUUGGACAUAGAUAUGGCUGUUUCAACUCUUCAAUAUUAUGCUGGAUUUGCUGAUAAAAUUCAUGGAAAAACUAUUCCAGCAGAUGGGCCAUAUUUUACAUACACUAAAUGCCAACCUGUUGGAGUUGUUGGACAAAUUAUACCUUGGAACUAUCCAAUUUUAAUGCUGGCAUGGAAAUGGGGACCAGCUCUUGCUACUGGAUGUACAAUUGUACUUAAACCAGCUGAACAAACUCCUCUCACUGCGUUGCACGUAGCUGCACUAUCAAAAGAAGCAGGAUUUCCCGAUGGAGUCAUUAACGUUGUACCUGGGUAUGGUCCAACUGCAGGUCAAGCUAUAGCUAGCCAUCAUGACAUAAAUAAAGUGGCAUUUACUGGGUCGACAGAAGUUGGAAAAUUAAUCAUGGAAGAAGCAGCCAAGUCUAAUUUAAAACGUGUAUCAUUAGAGUUAGGCGGCAAAAGUCCUCUAGUAGUAUUCAAUGAUUUUGAUGUUGACGAAGCUGCUAAGAUUGCUCAUGAUGCUGUGUUUGCCAAUAUGGGUCAGAAUUGCUGUGCUGGUUCUAGAACAUUUGUCCAAGAAGGUAUUUAUGAAAAAUUUGUUGAAAAAGCUGCUAGCUUAGCUUCGCAAAGGAAAGUUGGUGACCAAUUUCAUGCUGAUACGCAAAUUGGCCCUCUGAUAGAUGAAGAACAAUACAACAAAGUUUUAAGUAUGAUUGAAUCUGGUAAAUUAGAAGGAGCUAAAGUAGAGGCUGGUGGGUCUAAAGUAGGUGAUACAGGAUAUUUUGUGUAUCCUACUGUAUUCUCAAAUGUGACUGAUAACAUGAAAAUCGCUAGAGAAGAAAUUUUCGGGCCAGUUCAGCAGAUUAUUAAAUUUAAAACUUUGGAAGAAGUGAUAAAACGUGCUAACAACACUGAAUAUGGAUUAGCUGCUGGAGUAUUAACUAACAAUUUGGAUACUGCAAUGGAGUAUAUAGAUAAUGUUAAUGCUGGUUCAGUUUGGGUUAAUUGCUAUGAUGCUAUUAGUGUCCAAUGUCCAUUUGGAGGGUUUAAGCAGUCCGGACAAGGAAGAGAAUUGGGAGAAGAAGGUCUAAAGGAAUACUUGGAAUUAAAAUCAGUCUCAAUCAAAAAGAAUUAUGUUCUCUAACACUGUUUAAAAGAGUAGGUAAUACCAAUAUGGUGAAAUAUCACUUCUUUAUUAUUGAUUCAGAUGUAAUUGUAUUUAAAUAAAAUUAUACCUUUGACUAACAAAAAAA